AUGUUCCUCUUGAGGGGAGGUGAUGAAAGUUCCACCAAGGAUCUGCUUAGAGGAGGGCAGGAGGCAGUGGGGCAGGUAGGGAGGGAGGGGGAUGUGGUGAGGCAUGGGGAAGGCAGGGGAGACAGGUGGGAGAUGGUGGGGGGAGGGUGGGUGGCGGUGGAAGAGGUAAGGUUGCAGUGGGGGAGGUGGGGGAGACGCUGGGUCAAGGGAGGACAGAGGAGGCAGGGGGGCGGAGUGAGGGGUUGUAAGUUACAUAUGGACAGACAGGUGUGAGGCUGGGGGGGGGGGCAGAUGGGGGAGGGGGAGGGGUUGUAUGGAUCAACAGACAGGUGUGAGGCUGGGGGGGGCUGAUGGGGGAGGGUGAGGGGUUGUAUGGAUCAAUAGACAGGUGAGAUACCGCAGCAGCAGCAAGGAACACCACCAUCUCAAGUCACGGAGCGAGCCCUCUCUCCAUCACCCGAUAUCUGUCAUUCUCACUCCUCUAGUGUAGUGUUAGAUCACAUUUCACCCAGCCAGGACAGAAUACACUGUACUGUACUUCUAAAAGGAGUAGACUACUUCUCCUGCUGUUGUCAGGAGCCUUGUUCAGAAGGGUGCAAGGUUACAGAACACACAGUUAGAAGAGUAUUCUGUAGAACAGAUGUUAUAGAAUAGAGUCCAUACAUCUUGUUGUCAAAGGCCUUGUUCAGGACAACGUUACGGAAGAGACCCCUGACAUGUUGACUGUUGUGUAGAGCAGAUGGGGUUAUGGAAUAGGGAGUCGUGUCAGCUCUCCUCGUGACGUCUUUAAGACGUUCUGACCGUUUCACCUUACUGAAAUGAAUACACCCCAGGUGAGGAAUGUGAUAUGAUACCUGACACGGUUCUUAUCUUCAGGUACUACGGCCCUCAUUCCUUAGUGUCUGGUCUAUCUGCAGAUUGUUGUUCAUAGGGAGGGAAAACAUCAAGCAAGUCUUAACCUGCAUGUCACAAAGUUAAGAAGGAUCAACAUGAAAAAGACAUCAGGCUGUAACAUUAAGCACAACAAGAUGAAAUAGAAUACAGAGACCACAAAUCAAAGUUUACUACAUCCAGUAUUGAAAAAACACAACAACUGUCGGAGAAUCAGUUCCUGUUCAGUCAGUUUUCUAAGCUCCUUCACAUGUUGAGACAGUAGACAUAAAAGGAAAUGAAAGUGUUUGGUUGAGAGAAUUCCCCAUAUCACAUAAUCUUUCCAACGAAGUUGAAACCUGACACCGUAGUCGUUGAAAUAAUUAUUCAAGCCUUUGGAGUUUGGCACCUUGUGUAAUUCCACCUGUCAUCAUGCUCGGUUUGAAGUGUGUAUGGGUGGGAGAGUGUGUGUGGGUAGAUGAGUGUGUGUGUAUGUGUGCGUGUGCGUGUGCGUAUGUGUGUGUGUGUGUGUGUGUGUGUAGUGUACAACCUCAAAGAUAGACAUCUAGGUAGAGACACUAUAAAUCACCUACUAGUUACCUCUAUUCUGUUUAUAUCCUUACUACUCAUUAGUGUGUGACUUGGUCUACACAGCAGUCAACUGAGCUUUGAAAAAGCCUCACAGAGGCCUCAAACAGAAUCCACAGUUCAAUGGAAUGUGGGUAAGAGAGGAGUGGUUCUAUUCUUUUCUAGAACCCUGUGAGUCAUCUUCAGGUAUUCCAUGGUGGAAGACAAUCUCUUCAACCUAUAGUCUACCGCAACGAUUCUCAACUUGUGGGUCUGAGUAAAACAUUUAAUAAAUAGAAUACUCCGGUCUGAACUUAAAUGACUUAAAGCAGGUAGAAAGUGUGUAGAAAUUAUAAUUAACUAUUUUUUUUAUAUAUAUACAGUGAGGGGAAAAAGUAUUUGAUCCCCUGCUGAUUUUGUACGUUUGCCCACUGACAAAGAAAUGAUCAGUCUAUAAUUUUAAUGGUAGGUUUAUUUGAACAGUGAGAGACAGAAUAACUUUUUAAAAAAUCCAGAAAAAUGCAUGUCAAAAAUGUUAUGAAUUGAUUUGCAUUUUAAUGAGGGAAAUAAGUAUUUCAUUAAGGUUUUGAGGCUGACGUUUGGCAACUCGAACCUUCAGCUCCCUCCACAGAUUUCCUAUGGGAUUAAGGUCUGGAGACUGGCUAGGCCAUUCCAGGACCUUAAUUUGCUUCUUCUUGAGCCACUCCUUUGUUGCCUUGGCCGUGUGUUUUGGGUCAUUGUCAUGCUGGAAUACCCAUCCACGACCCAUUUUCAAUGCCCUGGCUGAGGGAAGGAGGUUCUCACCCAAGAUUUGACGGUACAUGGCCCCGUCCAUCGUCCCUUUAAUGUGGUGAAGUUGUCCUGUCCCCUUAGCAGAAAAACACCCCCAAAGCAUAAUGUUUCAACCUCCAUGUUUGACGGUGGGGAAGGGGUGUUCUUGGGGUCAUAGGCAGCAUUCCUCCUCCUCCAAACACGGCGAGUUGAGUUGAUGGCAAAGAGCUCGAUUUUGGUCUCAUCUGACCACAACACUUUCACCCAGUUCUCCUCUGAAUCAUUCAGAUGUUCAUUGGCAAACUUCAGACGGCCCUGUAUAUGUGCUUUCUUGAGCAGGGGGACCUUGCGGGCGCUGCAGGAUUUCAGUCCUUCACGGCGUAGUGUGUUACCAACUGUUUUCUUGGUGACUAUGGUCCCAGCUGCCUUGAGAUCAUUGACAAGAUCCUCCCGUGUAGUUCUGGGCUGAUUCCUCACCGUUCUCAUGAUCAUUGCAACUCCACGAGGUGAGAUCUUGCAUGGAGCCCCAGGCAGAGGGAGAUUGACAGUUAUUUUGUGUUUCUUCCAUUUGUGAAUAACCGGACCAACUGUUGUCACCUUCUCACCAAGUUGCUUGGCGAUGGUCUUGUAGCCCAUUCCACCCUUGUGUAGGUCUACAAUCUUGUCCCUGACAUCCUUGGAGAGCUCUUUGGUCUUGGCCAUGGUGGAGAGUUUGGAAUCUGAUUGAUUGAUUGCUUCUGUGGGCAGGUGUCUUUUAUACAGGUAACAAACUGAGAUUAGGAGCACUCCCUUUAAGAGUGUGCUCCUAAUCUCAGCUCGUUACCUGUAUAAAAGACACCUGUGAGCCAGAAAUCUUUCUGAUUGAGAGGGGGUCAAAUACUUAUUUCCCUCAUUAAAAUUAAAAUCAAUUUAUAAAAAUGUUUCCAUCUCUGGAAAUCUCUGGAAAUAAAUUCAUAAAUCCCAGUAUUUUCAAUAUAGGGCUAUUAGAAGUGCUAUUUUGGUUGGUUUUGUGGUCUCAAACCAGAGUUUUUUAACAUUCUUCAUCAAGAAUAUGGGCAAAAUGUAAUUAUUGACAAUGAAAGAGGUGGGAAUGUUGUUCCCUUGUCAUAUAAUUGCUAAAUGUACUACAUUAAAAAUAGUUUUCCAGAUUGUAUUUUGGUGAUAAUUUUUUCGCUAACCAAAUAUUGAGACAACCUGGUUCAAUUUGAGUCCCAAGGCAAAACCAGUUGAGAACCACUGGUCUACCAGAAGUCUAUUCCUAUUCACAGGAGGAGCUUUGGUCUGAGGAUUUCUCAGGUAGUCACCUGACAUAGAAAUGACCACAGCCUUAUGAAUUGGGCCUUUUAAAUCAAAUCAAAUCAAAUUGUAUUCGUCACAUACACGUGUUUAGCAAGUGGCCAGUGAUUUCAAUAGGCAGCAGCAGCCUCUAAUAUUCUAGUGAUGGCUAUUUAACAGUCUGAUGGCCUUGAGCUGUUUUUCAUUCUCUCGGUCCCAGCUUUGAUGCACCUGAACUGACCUCGCCUUCAGGAUGAUAGCGGGGUGAACAGGCAGUGGCUCGGGUGGUUAAUGUCCUUGAUGAUCUUUUUGGCCUUCCUGUGACAUCGGGUGCUGUAUGUGUCUUGGAGGGCGGGUAGUUUGCCCCCGGUAAUGCGUUCGGCAGACCGCACUGCCCUCUGGAGAGCCCUGUGGAGAGCCGGGCGGUGCAGUUGCCGUACCAGGCGGUGAUACAGCCCGACAGGACGCUCUCAAUUGUGCAUCUGUAAAAGUUUGUGAGGGUUUUAGGUGUCAAGCCAAAUUUCUUCUGCCUCCUGAGGUUGAAGAGGCUCUGUUGCGCCUUCUUCAACACACUGUCUGCGUGGGUGGACCAUUUCAGUUUGAAAACAACUCAUUCCCUGACCGGGAAUCGAACCCAGGCUGCAGCAGUGAGAGCACCGAAUCCUAACCACUAGACCACCAGAUGAAGUUAGAAUGGAUCUAGUCUCGUGGGGUCGUCCUUCCAAAUCUCGUCUCGUUCACUCAGAACGUGAGAAGCCUUGGUUUCUGAGCAUAUUACAUCUAAUACUGAUUAGAGCCUAUGCAACCUGCUGUACAUAUGGAGCAAGCUCAUCAUGUGUAAUGCUGCCACCUGGUGGCUAAGAUGUGUGACGGAAAUUAUGUACUGUUGUUUUUAUACUAUUUUUGUACUAUUUUUUUAAUUUUAGGGGGUAGAUCAGCUUUAAUAUUGCAGAUAGAUUGUAACUUCCAUCAAUGUAAUUGUCUGCAUCACUUCCAAUCCCCCAUAUGGUUUUUUCUUCUUUUUUUUCUCGCAUAUAUAUAUACACAUACAUACACACAUAUAUAUAUAUACACAUACAUACACAUAUAUAUAUAUACACAUACAUACAUAUAUACACAUACAUACAUAUAUACAUACAUAUAUAUCCUUAAAAAUAUAUAUAUAUUUCCCUUUAUUACUUUCCAACCCCACCAUCCCUUCCCUAAUUGGAGUAAACUAGUGAACAACAAUGCUUAGGCCUCUACUUCAUGCAUAUACAUACUAUAUCAAUUUUAUGGACACAGUCAAUAAUUAUAUUUUGUUUGUUUUUACUCCUGAACUUCCUCCAAUCAUUUUCAUGAUUUCCAUCUGGUAUGCUUCUAUAUGCCAUAUCUUUCUAACUGUGCUCUUUCACAAAAGCUCACAAUAUAUAACCUACAGUGGGGAGAACAAGUAUUUGAUACACUGCCGAUUUUGCAGGUUUUCCUACUUACAAAGCAUGUAGAGGUCUGUAAUUUUUAUCAUAGGUACACUUCAACUGUGAGAGAUGGAAUCUAAAACAAAAAUCCAGAAAAUCACAUUGUAUGAUUUUUAAGUAAUUAAUUUGCAUUUUAUUGCAUGACAUAAGUAUUUGAUACAUCAGAAAAGCAGAACUUAAUAUUUGGUACAGAAACCUUUGUUUGCAAUUACAGAGAUCAUACGUUUCCUGUAGGUCUUGACCAGGUUUGCACACACUGCAGCAGGGAUUUUGGCCCACUCCUCCAUACAGACCUUCUCCAGAUCCUUCAGGUUUCGGGGCUGUCGCUGGGCAAUACGGACUUUCAGCUCCCUCCAAAGAUGUUCUAUUGGGUUCAGGUCUGGAGACUGGCUAGGCCACGCCAGGACCUUGAGAUGCUUCUUACGGAGCCACUCCUUAGUUGCCCUGGCUGUGUGUUUCGGGUCGUUGUCAUGCUGGAAGACCCAGCCACGACCCAUCUUCAAUGCUCUUACUGAGGGAAGGAGGUUGUUGGCCAAGAUCUCGCGAUACAUCCUCCCCUCAAUACGGUGCAGUCGUCCUGUCCCCUUUGCAGAAAAGCAUCCCCAAAGAAUUAUGUUUCCACCUCCAUGCUUCACGGUUGGGAUGGUGUUCUUGGGGUUGUACUCAUCCUUCUUCUUCCUCCAAACACGGCGAGUGGAGUUUAGACCAAAAAGCUCUAUUUUUGUCUCAUCAGACCACAUUACCUUCUCCCAUUCCACCUCUGGAUCAUCCAGAUGGUUGCAAACUUCAGACGGGCCUGGACAUGCGCUGGCUUGAGCAGGGGGACAUUGUGUGUGCUGCAGGAUUUUAAUCUACGACGGCGUAGUGUGUUACUUAUGGUUUUCUUUGAGACUGUGGUCCCAGCUCUCUUCAGGUCAUUGACCAGGUCCUGCCGUGUAGUUCUGAGCUGAUCCCUCACCUUCCUCAUGAUCAUUGAUGCCCCACGAGGUGAGAUCUUGCAUGGAGCCCCAGACCGAGGGUGAUUGACCAUCAUCUUGAACUUCUUCCAUUUUCUAAUAAUUGCGCCAAGAGUUGUUGCCUUCUCACCAAGCUGCUUGCCUAUUGUCCUGUAGCCCAUCCCAGCCUUGUGCAGGUCUACAAUUUUAUCCCUGAUGUCCUUACACAGCUCUCUGGUCUUGGCCAUUGUGGAGAGGUUGGAGUCUUGAGUGUGUGGACAGGGGUCUUUUAUACAGGUAACGAGCUCAAACAGGUGCAGUUAAUACAGGUAAUGAGUAGAGAACAGGAGAGCUUCUUAAAGAAAAACUAACAGGUCUGUGAGAGCCGGAAUUCUGACUGGUUGGUAGGUGAUCAAAUACUUAUGUCAUGCAAUAAAAUGCAAAUGAAUUACUUAAAAAUCAUACAAUGUGAUUUUCUGGAUUUUCCUCUACAUGCUUUGUAAGUAGGAAAACCUGCAAAAUCGGCGUGUAUCAAAUACGUGUUCUCCCCACUGUAUAUACUUAUUAUGGACACAGCAUGUCUUACACUAGGUAUCUUGUUGUUAUUAGUUGUUGUUAUUAGUCCCAUCCUUCAGCUCCAUUCAACACCUCCCAUCUAUCUCUUAACACCAUCCAUAUUGGAUUUCUAUUUGCCAUAUAUUUUUCAACUGUCAAUUCAGGUAGCAUUCAAAGUCCUGCAUUUUUGUUAACCAUGGCAACCAGCAUUGUAAAUAAAGAGAUGUGCAGCCUCUGUGUCUGUGGAUCCUUUCCCCUUAAUGUAUGUUUCAUGUCAGCCAGACCUGUCUUUUCAAAGAAACACUAUUUAUUUAAAUCUCUAGUUGAAUAAAAUAAGGAGUCUAUGACUUCAGUCCUUGUUUCAUUUUCACUCGUUAUUAUCUGGUAAAUAACGGACAACCAUUGAUAACCAAGAAGAUAAUAAGGUGAGGAAACAGUCCAUGAUAGCCAGGCCAUCUUUUCAAAGAAACAUAAUUUAAUUAUCUCUAUUUGAGCAAAAUAAGUAGUUUUGUCGUGAUCACAAGAAAAUCUGAACAAUUCAGGUAAAGGGCACCACAGUCAAGCAGAAAAAUCUGAAUGUUCUAUCAUACAGUGAGAACAAUUCGUUUCCCUGGCUACUUAGAAAUACUAUAAAAACUUAAUGAAUAGAUGACAUUCACUGCUAUAAACCUGUCUCCAAUAUAAUCGCAUAGUUUACACAGACCCACCGCGGACCUUUGACAGUAAAUCUCUGUGUGAAAAGGCUUCCCAUGGUCUGUUUUGUCAACGAACUCAAUGUACUCCAAACACUGGUGGUAACCAGAUGAUCCCAAUAAUUUACUGUAUGUAGCCUAGUAAACGAUGCCCCCCUCUGGUAUGUUCUGUUGGGAACAGUCUGGGACUCGUUGUUGUCGUUUACCUGUUUACUACUCAAAUAUAUUUGACAUAUAAAGUCAAAGACGAAAUUAACUGCAAAACACUGGUCUCAAAUGUACUAGGCUACACAGAACCACGGCAGACGCAUUGUAAAUUGAAAGGCUUUCCACCAUUUUAAACCGUGUCCCAGUCCAACAUGCCUAGCUCUGCCCACUGGGGCGUGGCUUAUGGAGCGCUCUUUGAAAUAAGCGCUCCUAUCGUCAGUGUUCCACCGGAUCCAGUUAUCUCAACCACACCGGUUUCAAACAGUUUCAAAGCAGCAGACACCAACUGUUUCAAACACAGACACUAGGGGAUGCACUUGCGCUAUACGUUCUCACACAGUAGCCUAAUGACAGAUAUCUGCCAGAGUAAAAUCAAGAGGAAACAGACUCUUCUUGAAAAGUUUACUGAUGAUGUCACAGUGUCUAACCUCUCAUGAACACCCCAGUCUCUUUUCUUCAGUCCAUAUGUUCCGAAGACAACUUUUACAAACUUCCAUGACCCACCACCCAUCAUGUCAUCUGAUCAGUCCAGCAAUCAGGGAGCUAGAAGAGACCCAAAAAUGACAUUUUACAAGAUGUCAAUAGCCUCCUGUAGGCUGUUAACCUCGUACAAACCAUCCUGAUCUCGCCUGCUUACAUUCUGUUUCGCUAAAUGUAUCCUUUUAGUGUAACAGAAUGUAUGCUCGGGAGAUCAGGAUGGUUCAUACAAGGCUAGUAGGCUGUGGCCGAUGCCUGUUGAUUCACACCGCUCAACACAAUACUAGGCUAUUGUUUCGUUUAUCGUCCCAUGAAACAGUAGGCUUACAUCACUACUAUACUACUGGGCCUAUCAGACUAGGAUACACUUGAAAACGAAAGAAAGAAAGAAAGAAAGAAAGAAGAAAAGAAAGAAAGAAAGAAAGAAAGAAAGAAAGAAAGAAAGAAAGAAAGAAAGAAAGAACAUGGAACAUUUUCUGGCAAGACAUCUUGGAGAUGCUACCACAAUGAUAUGGUGCUGCUUACCACCAAUGAACUGAAGUACAUUUUUCCAUAUUGCUACAUUGCCUUAUCAGCUGUUAGUUUAAUAUUACAUGUUACAAUUGACAAUACGGCACGGGGGGCCAGUAUGAAAAAUAAAAUAAUUAAAAAAUAAUGUAUGCACUCACUAACUGUAAGUCGCUCUGGAUAAGAGCGUCUGCUAAAUGACUAAAAUGUAAUGUAAUGUAUAGACCUCCUUCAUUAUCCUCAGUCUUGAACCCAGGCCGUUCUAGUGUGGACUCGUAGUCCAUUGAAAAUCGACAUUGUUUCUUUAAGAUUCGACUUUCAGGCCAUCAGCGGGUCUGUCUGUUCAUUGUUUGAGAGAGAGAGAAAGAGAGAAAGAGAGCGAGUUGAGGUUGAUAUUUUGGGCGCUGAGGACAAGUCGUGCAUAAUAUCAGCGGAGCAGCUGCGGUGGAAACAGCACAGAACGCCUCUGUUGAGCGCAUAUCCUACAAGAGACAACAUGGGUAAGUCAUCUACAUUUGUUAUGGUACCUCUAAUAGGCUAUUUAUAGCCAAUCAACCACAGCCAAACGAUACAUUUUCUUUGGUAUUCUUGGAAUUAUUUUCACAUUAUAACAUAUAUUAGGCUAUGGCUGGCAUGAGAGGGUAAAAUUGCCUAUUCUCACUGGCAAAGCCCAGUACUAAGUGGUUUAUUUAAUGCUUCUAGAGGCACAUACUAGCCUACUUUUCAGAAGUGCCUUGUCGCGUUUGCUUUCACAUACCAUUUCUUCAUUUUUACCAACAGAACGUGUUCUAAGUACUAUUUGUUUGAGGAAAGUAGCAAGUUAAUUAAUUAUAGGCCACUUUGCAACAAUUUGAACAAAAUGGGAUUCAGUUAGUAAAAUGUUUCACCUGCUUCCUAGGGCAUACAGGGCUGUGAUGUCACUGAGAAGUUAAUUGAGGUCCCUAAUAGGUCCUAGUAUCUUUAUUAGUAUAGUUCCUCCCUGCAGUUGUCAAGGGGGACUUUUGAGGCCAGAACAGUGCAAAUAGAGAGAAGUGGAACUGUUUAAACUAGGUAGAAAACCCCUGCACCUGUUGCUGGGUGAAGAUGCUAUUUUCCUUCCUAUGUGUACUGCUAUUUUGUCAAAAUAACCAAAUUGCUUGAACAUAAGUAUUGAGACUAUGAGAGUAAAGUGUGGACAAAUGUUCGUUGUUAUCACUGCAUAUGAUGGCAGUUAGUCAGUGUUCUUUCAUUGGCAAACUUUUUAAUUGGUUUAAAACUCAUUUCCAGACCAGCGUUAUUAUGCAACCUGGAAGACAGCCUGAACACACACACACACAUACACAUACACACAACCCUGGAGUCGCCGAGUGCAUGUGUAUUAUGCCCCUUCCAGCCAUUCUGUACCAACUGUAAUAAUGGUACCAGCUCCAGCCAGUCUUCUGAGGGAGGGAGAGAGAGAGAGAUCGUUCCCCACUUCCACCAGACUUUUGGAUAUCCGUCUGGCUGUCACAAGCCUCCUUCUGCUCCUAUAAACCCCAGUGUGUGUGCUGGAGGUGGCUCUGGCUAUUGUUUGCUUGACAUUGGUGUCCCUUGUCUUCCCACACUGCACCGAGUGUUGUCUCUGCAGUCACACAAGCAGCCUCUCUCUCCCUUUCUUCUUCUCUCUUUCUCUGUCCUCCCUCUUUUCUCACACUCCCCGUGGUGUGAGCGGUGAUUGGAGCCGGGGUUAGUGCUGGGGUUGGGACAGACAGACAGAUCCUCACGUCCUAAGGGCCCAUUCACAGCACAUGACUCUGGGGAAGAAUGCCCAUCAGCUAGCAGACAGACUGAAUGCUACUGUGCAUAGAGAACAGACCAGUCCGUCCUCACAGAGUAACCCAGGGAUGAGCUUUUUUACGACCACAGCUGGAUAGUGUAUUGGCUGUAGCCAGAUCUUUACAGUAUACAGUUGUUGUUUAUUCAUCCAUGUAGUCACAGUGACGUUGUAUGUUCAUUACCGCUCCCCUGGCGAUGUGUUCAUUACCACUCCCCUGGUGAUGUGUUCAUUACCACUCCCCUGGUGAUGUGUUCAUUACCACUCCCCUGGCGAUGUUUCAUUACCACUCCCCUGGUGAUGUUUCAACUUACUCCCUGGUGAGUUGUGUUCAUUGUACAUCCUGGCGAGUUUCAUACACACCCCUGUGUGUGUUCAUUCACUCAUACCCUGGUGAUGUGUUCAUUACCACUCCCAUGGCGAAGUUUCAUUACCACUCCUGGUUUGUUAUUACCACUCCGGUAUGUGUCAUUACCACCAUGGCGUGUGUUCAUACCACCCUGGUGAUGUUCAUAACCACUCCCGGUGAUGUGUCAUUACCACUCCCCUGUAGUUCAUUACACAACCCUGGGAGUGUCUUACACUCCUGGUGAUUUGUCUACCACUCCACCGGUGAUUGUGUUCAUACCACUCCUAUAAUGUGUUCAGCUCCACAGUCCUCUGGGGAUGUGGUUAUACAACUCCCUGGUGAUGUGUUCUACCACUUCCACCAGGCUGUAUUGGUAUACCACUCCCCGGUGCUGGUAAUUACCACUCCCCUGUGAUGUGUCUCAUACACUCCCCUGGUGAUGUGUUGCAUUACCACUCCCUGGUGAUGUUGUUCAUUACAUCUGGUGAUCUUUCAUUACCACACUCCACCUGGGAUGUGUUGUCAUUACCACUCCACUAGGAUUGUUCAUACCACUCCCCUGUAUGUUCAUUACCACUCCCCUGGUUACUUGUCAUUACCACUCCCUGGUGUGUUCAUUACCACUCCCCGUGGGGCGUGUUCAUUACCGAUCCCCUGGUGAGUGUUCUUACCACUGCCCUGGUGUGUGUCAUUACAGAUCCCCUGUGCCUAGUGUUCUACCACUCCCGGAGUUCAUUACCCUCCCUGGGUGAUGUUCAUUACCACUCCCCUGCGAGUGUUCAUUACAACUGCCCUGGUGAUAGUGUAUCAUUACCACUCCCCUGGGAUGGUCAUUACCAUCCGGGAUGGUUUCAUUACCACCCACUGGACGAUGUUGUGUCAUUUUACCAUCACCUGGUUGUUGUGUUAUUACCACUCCCUGGCGAGUGUCAUACCAGCUACCUGUGAUGUUUCAUUACCACUCCCCUGGUGACGUGUUCAUUACCACUCCCCUGGUGGCGUGUUCAUUACCACUCCCCUGGUGAUGUGUUCAUUACCACUCCCCUGGCGAUGUGUUCAUUACCACUCCCCUGGCGAUGUGUUCAUUACCACUCCCCUGGUGAUGUGUUCAUUACCACUCCCCUGGUGAUGUGUUCAUUACCACUCCCCUGGUGAUGUGUUCAUUACCACUCCCCUGGUGAUGUGUUCAUUACCACUCCCCUGGUGACGUGUUCAUUACCACUCCCCUGGCGAUGUGUUCAUUACCACUCCCCUGGCGAUGUGUUCAUUACCACUCCCCUGGUGAUGUGUUCAUUACCACUCCCCUGGUGAUGUGUUCAUUACCACUCCCCUGGUGAUGUGUUCAUUACCACUCCCCUGGUGAUGUGUUCAUUACCACUCCCCUGGUGAUGUGUUCAUUACCACUCCCCUGGGAUGUGUUCAUUACCACUCCCCUGGCGAUGUGUUCAUUACCACUCCCCUGGUGAUGUGUUCAUUACACUCCCCUGGGAUGUGUCAUACACUCCCCUGGCGAUGUGUUCAUUACCACUCCCCUGGUGAUGUGUUCAUUACCACUCCCCUGGUGAUGUGUUCUUUACCUCCUCACAUGUUGUUAUAUCCUGUAUUGGUGGUUGUGACUGCUGUAGAAAGAGUGUCUGGGAGGAUUGCCCUAUGCUUCUCUAGAGGUAACCCAUACAUAACCCUACAUUAACCCCUAUGUGGUUAUGUCCUGUCCUAUAGGUUGUUAUGACUGCUGUAUGAAGUGCCUGGGAGGAGUACCCUAUUGCUCCCUGGUGGCCACUAUGCUAUGUUUCUCAGGGAUAGCUCUGUUCUGUGGCUGUGGUCACCAGGCCCUCACUGAGACGGAGAGACUCAUCGAGACAUACUUCGCCCGUAACCUACAGGACUACAUUACCCUGGCCUACCUGUGAGUGGCUCAAAGGCUAUUGCUUUAUCCCUAACCUACCCCCUACGAAUACCUGAAACUGAUUAGAAAAGAGGUGGCCAAGACCUAGAAGGCUUUAAAGCUGGGCUGGAAUAAAAAUCACAAUUGUUUUGGUGAUCCAGGACCAGGAUUGGCCACCUCUGGUUUAGAUGUUCCCUAAGUCUACUGUAUAAGUAUUUUAAACUAAAUGGUAGCCCUCAUGUUAACGGUACACCUCAUGUUAACGGUACACCUCAUGUUAAUGGUACACCUCAUGUUAAUGGUACACCUCAUGUUAAUGGUACACCUCAUGUUAACGGUACACCUCAUGUUAAUGGUACACCUCAUGUUAAUGGUACACCUCAUGUUAACGGUACACCUCAUGUUAACGGUACACCUCAUGUUAAUGGUACACCUCAUGUUAACGGUACACCUCAUGUUAACGGUACACCUCAUGUUAACGGUACACCUCAUGUUAACGGUACACCUCAUGUUAAUGGUACACCUCAUGUUAAUGGUACACCUCAUGUUAAUGGUACACCUCAUGUUAAUGGUACACCUCAUGUUAACGGUACACCUCAUGUUAAUGGUACACCUCAUGUUAACAGUACACCUCAUGUUAAUGGUACACCUCAUGUUAACGGUACACCUCUGUAGUGAUGUGUCCUUUUACCCCUCCCCCUCCUCCCCUCUUCCUCCAUAGUAUCCAGUACUUCCAGUAUGUUAUCUAUGGCCUGGCUUCAUUCUUCUUCCUCUACUGCAUCGUACUGCUGGCGGAGGGAUUCUACACCACCAGCGCCGCCAAGCAGACCUUUGGAGAGUUCAGGAGCACCCUGUGUGGACGCUGUCUUAGUAGCACGGUGAGAGAGUGGGGGCAAUGGUGGAGUGGAGGUGUAAUGGUAACAGGGUGGGGUAGAGGUGUGAUGGGAACAGGGUGGUGAGUGGUGGUACGGGUGUGGUGGUGAACAGGGUGGGGUAGAGGUGUGUGAUGGUAACAGGGUGUGGUUGUAGGGGGGGUAGAGUGUGAUGGUAACAGGGUGGGGUAGAGGUGUGAUGGUAACAGGGUGGGGUAGAGGUGUGAUGGUAACAGGGUGGGGUAGAGGUGUAUGUAACAGGUGGGGUAGAGGUGUGAUGGUAACAGGGUGGGGUAGAGGUGUGAUGGGUAACAGGGUGGGGUAGAGGUGUGAUGGUAACAGGGUGGGGUAGAGGUGUGAUGGUAACAGGGUGGGUAGAGGUGUGAUGGUAACAGGGUGGGGUAGAGGUGUGAUGGUAACAGGGUGGGGUAGAGGUGUGAUGGUAACAGGGUGGGGUAGAGGUGUGAUGGUAACAGGGUGGAGUAGAGGUGUGAUGGUAACAGGGUGGGGUAGAGGUGUAUGGUAACAGGGUGGGGUAGAGGUGUAUGGUAACAGGGUGGGGUGGAGGUGUGAUGGGAACAGGGUGGGGUAGAGGUGUGAUGGUAACAGGGUGGGGUGGAGGUGUGAUGGUAAGAGGAUGGAGGAAAGGCUGGGUGAGGAGGUAGUUGAGAGGAUGGGGUGAAGGUAGAGUGGGGGGUGAGGAGGUAGUUGAGAGGAUGGGGUGAAGGUAGAGUGGGGCUGAGGAGGUAGUUCAGAGGAUGGGGUGAAGGUAGAGUAGGGCUGAGGCUAGUAGGAUAGUGGUAAGGUUGAGGGUGGAGAUGAGAGCUCAACAAAACUGUAAAAGUUGCACUUCCCUGAUUCAUUUUUGGCCUGUUACGAUUCAUAAUACCUAAACAUCCAUCCAUCUCUCUCCCUUCAUCUCCAGUUUAUAUUAAUAACGUACCUGCUGGUGGUGGUGUGGCUGUUGGUGUUUGCCUUCUCUGCCUUGCCUGUCUACUUCUUCUACAACAUGGCCGCUACCUGCCACACCAUCACCGUCCUGACUGAGACCCCAGCUAGCAUCAACCAGCUCUGUAUCGACGCCAGGCAGUACGGUAAGGAAAGAACUUCACCUCACUGUAGUUCUCUGUAUGAUCCAUUAUGUUUAUUCAUAUGGUAACAAAUCAACCUUACCUCACUGUAGUUCUCGAUACGACCUAAUCAUUCAUGUGGAUUCAGGUUGCUCAAUUCAAUUAAUUCAAAUCUACUCUGCGGAAAUUUGGAGUGACAAUGCCAACUGUGAAAGCUGACAUUUUACAGCAGAGAAUCAGAAAUGUGUAAUUUUUUUCUAUUUCUUUCAGGGCUCCUACCAUGGAAUGCGAUGCCAGGCAAAGCUUGUGGAAUGACACUGUCCACUGUCUGCAAAACCAGAGAGGUCAGUAAUACAGUUUGUCUCAUGAUAAAACUUGGCAGGACUCGAAAGAAACAAAGCGUCUCUAGAGUGUAGAAUGUCAACUUCUCUGACAUAUUUCCAGAAUGACCACAUGAUCACUGACUCAUCUCUGACUCUGAUUUGACCUUUUACAGUUCCGUCUGACCUACGACCUGUACAUCGCAGCGUUCGCCGGGGCUGGCAUCACACUCUUGGCGCUGGUGAGUGACCCUGCCCUAACCUCUUAACUGAGACCAGAUUGGCUACAGCUUUACAAUGGAGUUGUGUCCCAUGUGACGUAGUCAGUGUAGGUGUUCAGGAAUGCCAGAGUGUCAGGCCUCCAUGGCUGACGAGUCUCACUGUAGCUCUCUGUUCUUUGACUUGAGUUCUCAGCUGAUUAUAAUGAUAAACACCAUAAUAACGUCAUAACGUCUGGUACUUUUCUUGCUGGGAAGAUCCCAUAGUUACAUUGCCGUAUCAGUACACUGUUAAUGUAGCCUACUGUAGAUGCUCAGAAUUAUACUGAGAUUGUCAUGGACCUUGAUGAACAGGAAAUGGGGCUCAAUUCUGUCUUCUCUCUUUCCUUUCGUUCUCUUUCUUUCCCUGUUUCUCCAUCUCUCUCUCUAGCUCACCUACAUGGUGUCCACCACCUAUAACUUUGCGUUGCUGCGGUACCUGGGGAGAAAGGGCAUCGGCACGCGGUGUUAG